AAUAGCUUUGUAAUCCGGAAGUACUAUAGGCUGCUUGUCUCAUAGGACUUGUGUUGAAAGCGGUUUAUUAAGAGGAAUUCAUUCAUUUAGGUCGAUUUAUUCUACUAAAUCUUUUUUGUUUUAAUAUUUAGCUAUGAUUGAGCCAAAGAAGAGACCAGGAGACAUGGCUGUGGUUCCCGCCGGUGGAGUCAAGAGGCCGAGGAAUGAGUUGAUCGCGGCGGCACAAUCUCAACAACUCGUGGCAAUGGGCCCUCCCCGCAGCUCUAGCCUGCAGGCUCCCAUCAUGUUGAUGUGUGGCCAUGAGGGAGAGGUCUAUUGCUGCAAGUUCCACCCCAACGGGGCCACACUGGCCUCCUCUGGCUACGACAGGCUCAUCCUGAUGUGGAAUGUGUAUGGAGACUGUGAUAACUACGCCACCCUGAAGGGACACAGUGGAGCUGUGAUGGAGCUGCACUACAACACAGAUGGCAGCAUGCUGUUCAGUGCGAGCACGGAUAAGACGGUGGGCGUGUGGGACAGUGAGACGGGUGAGAGGAUCAAACGUCUGAAAGGCCACACCUCCUUUGUGAACUCCUGCUACCCCGCCCGCCGCGGGCCUCAACUCGUUUGCACUGGCAGUGACGACGGGACGGUCAAGCUAUGGGACAUCCGUAAGAAGGGGGCGGUCCAUACCUUCCAGAAUACCUACCAGGUCUUGGCCGUCACCUUCAACGAUACCAGCGACCAGAUCCUGUCCGGUGGCAUUGACAAUGACAUCAAGGUGUGGGACCUGCGACAGAACAAGCUGAUCUACAGUAUGCAUGGACAUGGGGAUUCACUGACUGGACUCAGCUUGAGCUCAGAGGGAUCCUAUCUGCUGUCUAACUCCAUGGACAACACUGUGCGCAUUUGGGACGUCCGUCCCUUCGCUCCCAAGGAGAGGUGUGUGAAGAUAUUCCAGGGGAAUGUCCAUAACUUUGAGAAGAAUCUUUUGAGGUGUUCCUGGUCUGCUGACGGAAGUAAGAUUGCUGCAGGCUCAGCCGACAGGUUUGUCUAUGUGUGGGACACCACCUCUCGUAGGAUCCUGUACAAGCUACCAGGCCAUGCUGGGUCUGUGAAUGAGGUUGUCUUCCAUCCUGAGGAGCCUGUUGUGCUCUCUGGUGCCAGUGACAAAAGGCUCUACAUGGGAGAGAUUCAGUAGGGGGUGUGUGUGGGUGGGUGUGUGUGGGUGUGAAUGUAUGUUUGUGUGUGUGUGUAGGUAUGGGUGUGUUCUGCUGUAGAGCAUUGUUUGUUUGGUUGCAGUUCUCUUGUGUGAAUCUGUACUUUUAUAUGCUUCUGUGUAUUAAGUAACAACCUCAGAGACUGUUUGAGUUUAUAAUGUCCAGUCCACAAUAAUGUAACACCUGUAUUUUUUAUUUCUCUUAAUAAACUAUCUGGAAAAAUA